AAAUGGCAUCCCGCAAUAGUGGGAUGUCUAAUCUUGGUGCAGCAGCUGCUGCACGGAGCCAGAGAUGCGGGUGCACCGUGACAAGAGUAGCCACCUCCGAAGAACUCAUGAAUUGCCCGAAUUGCGGCGGAGUUGUUGCAGUUGUACAAGAAGAAUUUGGAACCCCCCCUUCAUCGCCAUUAAUCAAUCCUAUUAUUUAUCCUGAUGAUUUCUUCAUGCGCACGUCUGACUCGGACAGUGAUAAUGAUAUCCCCGGCCAUCUACUACCGCCGCCGCCGCCGCCGCCCUUUCUUCUGACCCUUGAGGCUAGUUCCAGAAGUAGAAACAGUGACGUCUACACCUACUCCGGUGUGUCUAUUGUGGAGGACGAGGACGAGCUGCCGAGUGUAAGGAUGACGGAAGGGCUUAUGGCUUCGUAUAGUUGUUCGCCAUGCGCGGUUUGUUUGAACAGUUUUGAGGUGAACGAGGUGGUGAAGAAGAUGCCUUGUAAUCAUGUAUUCCAUUCGGAUUGCCUAUUGCCUUGGCUGCAAUCGCAUACUACUUGCCCCGUUUGUCGUUCUCCGUUGCAUCAUCGUAGCUGAACGAUUAAUGCCCAAAAUUAAUGUAGAACAGUUUUUUUUUUUUUGGGUGAUUAUUAUUACUAUUAUUGUUAUUGUCAUAUUUUGUUUUUCGAGAAAGUGCUCUUUGAAAACAGAAUGGAAAUUCAACAAACACUCUCCUGUUUGUUCACGAAAUGAAACAAGGGGAAGUUCAUG